CAAGAAAUAUUUUAUGGGUUUGAGGUAGAAAAGGACUCGUAUUAUAUUUCGGAAAAUUAAUGUACGCUACAAGUAAACAAAUCUGAGUAUUUAAGUUUAGAUCAAAACCAUAAAUAUUUUUCUUGGAAGAGAAAAACUUAAUAAUUUUAGUAAACCUCGACGAGCGACGAGUGAGAGCAUUCCUUUACGCCAAUUUAAGAUCUCACGGAUGAAAUCAAAGCUCAAUUGCAUAUAGAUAUUAAAUGUCCAAAAGGAUCCUCAAAACUCGACUGAACAAUUUCCUUCCCAAUUUUUCAUCCCUCCCCACAAUCCCAAACAUCACAUCAUGCAUUACAUCCCUCCAAUCAUGUGCCGAUCAGACCAACUUACAGGAAGGAAAGAAACUCCAUUCCUACAUGCUCAUCAAUGGCUUCCUCAGCUCCCCACGCUCUAUAACCAGCCUCAUCAACAUGUACUCCAAAUGCAACAACAUCUCCGAUGCCUUUCUGGUUUUUACUUCCUCCUCUCACUCCCAACUCAACGUUUUUGCUUACAACGCAAUCAUUGCCGGAUUUAUCCACAAUGAGAUGCCAGAACCCGCAUUACAGGUUUAUACAAAAAUGCGAGUGGCAGGUGUUUCGAUGGAUAAAUACACGUUCCCUUGUGUGGUCAAGGCAUUAUCGAGUUGUGGCGAUGUUGCUGGUUUGAAGAUUGUUCAUGGGUUGGUCUUUAAAUUCGGGGUGGAUCAUGAUCUGUUUGUUGGUAGUGCUGUAGUCGAUGGGUACUUUAAACUUGGGUUAAUGGAGGAUGCACACAAAGUGUUCGAUGAAAUGCCUGAUAGAGAUGUUGUCCUAUGGAACGCCAUGAUUAAUAGGUACGCACAAAUUGGUGAACACAAUAGCGCAUUGGAGUGCUUACAUAGACUACGCACAGGAGGGAAUGUCCCUAGUAGUUUCACUGUAACUGGGAUAUUAUCAGUGCUCACCAUGAAAGGGGACCUUGACAAUGGGAAGUCCAUCCAUGGAUUUGCAACCAAGAUGGGUUACUCUUCAGGCAUUGCAGUUUGCAAUGCCCUAAUCGACAUGUAUGGAAAAUGCAAAUCCUUUCUCGAUGCUCUUGAUAUCUUUGAAGGAAUGGAAAUUAAAGAUAUAUAUUCAUGGAAUUCAAUAAUGGGUGUUCAUCAACAAUCCGGUGAUCAUGAAGAAACCCUAAAUCUUUUCAGGAGAAUGUUACAUGAUCGUACUUUUUGUCCCGAUUUAGUCACUUUCACAACUGUCCUCCCUGCAUGCUCUCAUUUAGCAGCACUAAGACAUGGUAAGCAGAUUCAUGGGUACAUGAUCACAAAUAAUUUAGGGAAAGAAGAUGAUACUCGCAUCAACAACGCCCUCAUGGACAUGUAUGGAAAAUGUGGAAGUAUGGAAGAAGCCCAAAUGGUUUUCAAUCACAUGGGUAGUAAAGAUUCGGCGUCUUGGAACAUCAUGAUCAAUAGUUAUGCAAUGCACGGGUUUGGCCACGAGGCAUUAGACGUGUUUCGUAAAAUGUGUGAAACAGAUUUGAAACUCGACGAGGUGACAUUCGUCGGGGUUCUUUCAGCUUGCUGUCAUGCAGGCCUACUGAAUCAAGGGCGAGAAUUUCUCGCCCAAAUGGAGCUGAAAUACAAGAUAGUGCCGACAGUCGAGCACUAUACAUGUGUAAUCGACAUGCUUGGUCGAGCAGGAUUGCUCGACCAAGCAUACGAACUGCUAUCCGUAAUGCCCGUCAGACCAAACUCAGUCGUCUGGCGGGCAUUUCUAGCGGCAUGCCACCUCCAUGGAGAUGCGAAACUUGCAGAAAUUGCUGCGAGAAAUGUUAUUGAUCUUGAACCGGAGCAUUGUGGGAGCUAUGUUUUGAUGUCUAAUGUGUAUGGGACUAUGGGUAGGUAUGAGGAGGUGUGUGAUGUGAGAUUUAAUAUGAGACAACAAAAUGUGAAGAAAACACCGGGUUGUAGUUGGAUUGAGUUUGGAGAUGGGGUGCAUGUUUUUGGGAGUCGUGAUCAAGUCCAUUUUGAUGAAGAUUUGAUUUAUAGCGAGCUUGGUUUGUUGUAUGCGACCAUGGGUCUAUGCAAGGCGGCUUGAUACAAUGCAAACAUGUGACAAACCAUUUGUUGAUUGG